AUUCUGGCAGGUCUGACAGGAAAGUGAAAAAAACAUGGAAGCCAUUGUUACAAGUGCAGACGAGCUGUGAAAAACUGCCCCAAAAUGGCGAAAUACAAGAAGGACCAUUGUUAAAUUAGCAAGGAAACACUAGUCGACCACACGCCGCAAUUGAAAGUGACAAAAAGCAACGGUUUUGGAGUGUCGACGGCAGUGAAAAGAGCUUUUCUGUUUGGAGUAACCCAGCAGUACACUGUUAGUAGAGUGGUGGUCGAUAUUGUUCUACUCCCAGAGGAUAAUUUUUCUGGAUGUGGGCCAGGAAAAUACUUUGGAACGAAUGCAAACCGGAUCAGUUAGUUCGUAGGAUAAUCCGCUAGGAACUAGUUUAGCCGUCGUUGGGAAACAUGUACAUAAGAAAUCGUUUAGGCUUUAUCGCGUUUUCUGUUCUGUUAAUAUUGGCUGUUUCGGUGACGCGCAGUGCAGAUGAACCAGCAGCAACAAUCAAGUAUAGCAUUAUCCAAGGAUGGGCGGCGAAAAUCGGCGGAGAAUUAGCAAUCUUAGGCGAUUUCAUAACUAGAAGAAUGAAGGUUGAAGAUAGUUUUAAGCAAGCCCAAGUAGUUAGCAAAAAUGGACAGAAAAUUGUGGAGGAAAUGGCCAAAGAUCUUAAGUACAUGAUGGAUGCGAAAGUUAGUGCUGUGAAGCGCAUCAUGGACACCGCUGAAAACACGGCCAUCUCCUUCGGUGAGGACAAGGUGAAUCAGAGUUUUCAGUACUACAAUGCAAAGGAGAUGAUAGAACCGGGUGAAAUUAUCACCACACCGAUCCCUAUGAUAGAUGAAGAUCCAGCCGACAUCACCACUCCCAUUCCACCGAAGGAGAUCGUACUGACCAAGAAGAAACAUUUCUUCAACGAAGCGGUCAAUACUUCAGUCAGCUCCGUGCACGUGCCCACCAAUGUGUACGACAGAGCCGAUGAGGUAAUCAAAGCGAUCAAGUGGUCCGAAGCGUUGGACUCGAUCUUCUACAACAACUACAUUGGAGAUCCAACCCUCACGUGGCAAUACUUCUGCAGCUCAGAGGGCUUUCUGCGGCAAUUUCCGGCGACAAAGUGGGAGGAAGAUCCAGUCGAUCUGUACGACUGUCGGCUGCGUUCGUGGUAUAUAGAGGCGGCCAACAGUCCGAAAGAUGUCAUUAUCCUAGUAGACAGCUCCGGUUCCAUGACCGGCCAGAGGAAAGAUAUCGCUAAACAUGUGGUGUCCAACAUCUUGGACACUUUGGGCCCGAACGAUUACGUGAACAUUUUCACGUUCUCCGAAGAAGUGACCGAAGUUGUUGGAUGCUUCCGCGAAACCCUGGUCCAAGCAAACAUGGGUAAUAUCCGAGAGCUGAAGCUAGGAAUGGAUAACAUCGAGACGACUGAGAUCGCAAACGUGUCGGCUGCGUUAACCAGGGCUUUCGAGCUGCUGGAAACGUUCCGGGAGAGUCGUAAUGGGGCUCGCUGCAACCAGGCCAUCAUGCUGGUGUCAGACGGUGUGCCAUACAGCUUUGACGAAAUUUUUGAACAAUUCAACUGGAAAGAGCUUCCGUUCAUUCCGGUACGAAUAUUCACCUAUCUGAUCGGUCGUGAGGUGGCCGACGUCAAAGAGAUCAAAGAGAUGGCGUGCAAAAACCAGGGCUAUUACGUACAUCUCAGUACACUAGCCGAGGUACGGGAAGAAGUUCUAAACUACAUACCGGUAAUAGCGAGGCCAUUGGUGCUGAAUAAACGCGAGCACCCAGUGGUGUGGUCGGAAGUGUACGCUGAUGUAGAGGAUCCAAAAAUGACGGAUUGGCUGUGGGAAAUCAAGGAGCGAGCCGAGCAGAAAGAGCGAUUCAUAGAUUAUCGGAAAAAUCGUGUAAUAUUCUUCUCCCCGGAAGAACAGCAUCGACGAAUGAUAAUGAAGCAGCGAAUGAAUCAAGAUCCAUAUUCUAACAACCAAAAAUACAACUUUAUGACGACAGUUUCGAUGCCUGUUUUCGACCGUCGAGAAAACGCUAACAUCACCGAAGACAUCCUUGUCAAUGAGGCGUACUGGGUUACGAUUACACGUGAGACCAAAGUGGCAAACCUUCUCGGAGUGGCGGGAGCCGAUGUACCUAUUGCGGAGAUCAAAAAGUAUCUCAAGCCUCAUUUGCUCGGAGUCAACGGAUACGCCUUUAUCGUUACGAAUAACGGCUUUAUUCUAACGCAUCCCGAUUUCCGUCCAGUUUUCCAAGAUAUUUUGAAACCAGCCUACAAUACGGUCGAUAUGAUAGAGGUAGAGUUGACCGAUGACGACCGUGGACCACGAGACUUUAAUCCUGCCUUAUUGCAUAUACGUGAAUCUAUAAUAAAUCAGUCUACCGGAGCUAAAUGGGUCCACGUGAAGUAUCAUUUCGAUGAAAUGAAACGCGUUUCACGCACACGGCGCCAGUACUACUGGACGCCUAUUAAAAAUACACCAUUUACGCUGGUGGUGACCUAUCCGGAAACACACGGAGUCAAUCGUCUCCAAAUACGAACGGAGGACGAAAUCCACCGUAUUCAUGCAAAAGGCAAUAAUGUCGUCAAUUUCUUCGGUGGCAUCAACUGGAAGAUUCAUCCGGAUUGGGUCUAUUGCAAAUAUCUAAACGAACACGCGAACGAAUCAUUUGCCACUCCGGAACUGGAGCUCAAGCAUUUCCUAGAGCGCAUGAAACAGGGCGGUUGGAAAUGGCCGGCCCUUCGCACUCCGCCACCCCCGGAGCAUGCGAUGUUCUCUAACAUUUCAACCAGAAUACAUGAAAAGGACUACUAUUACUGUGAUCGAAAUUUAAUGCAAGCUCUGGUGUACGACGCAAAAGUGACGGAAUGGUUCUCCGCGAAUGCUAGUAGCAGUGGAGGCGGCAACAAGGAUGAGAAGGAUGGUCCAAGCCCAAUUGCCGUUCUGAUGGGCCUGUUGCCAAGGAAUGAAUUGAGGCAACGUUACGGAAUCACCGUUUCGUUUCUGGCUACACAUAGUGGACUCACCAGGUGGCAGGACCAUAUGAACGAGCCCAAACAGUCGGAGCCUGACUUUAGUGAAACUAACAACCGAGCGAUUGACGAAAUUUGGUAUAAGCGGGCAGUCGAGUUGUACUACAACAACAAAAAUAGGAAAAGUUCAGAUGGAAAUGAGAAAGACGACGCGUACAAAAGCAGUUACGUGUACUCUGUGCCGUUCGACGCGGGAAACCGAAACGAUACUCUGGUGACAGCAAGCAAUGCUAUCUUCCACACAGACGGCGGCAAGGAAACUCCGGUGGCCGUGGUUGGUUUCCAGUUCCAUCACUCGGCCAUGUAUACCCUGUUCAAAACUACUACCAGCCAGUGUCUGCACAGUGACCAUCAAUGUGAAAAGACAUGCUUCACGGGGGACUUCCAGUGUUACGUAAUCGAUAACAACGGAUUCGUUGUGAUCAGUGAACAGUUGCAGGAGACGGGAGCCUUCUUCGGGGAGGUAAAGCCGGCCUUCAUGCAGCGGUUGAUCGACGAUGGGGUCUUCAAAAAUGUCACCAUCUACGAUUAUCAGGCGGUGUGUUUCGUGGCGAAACACAUCUUCAACAUGGCCAGCAUAAUACAGACGCCACUCAAACUGAUAUGGUGGUUUCUGACAAACGCAGUGUCGUAUGUUAUUUGGGUUAUAUUUCAGAUAUUCCUCACAAUUGUGCAAGCCUAUGAUGAAGUUAUAUACGACAGCAGCGCGUACGAUGUUGUUGCUGAAAUGGGCGACCUUGAGGAUCCGACGGCCGGGCGCUACAAGGAGCCAGAGUUCAACAAAGUGCUAAUAAACCGAACACGGCCUGAACCGUGUGACCAUGUCAUUACUCUAUACGAGUUGAACAAUGACAUCGACCCAGCGGUGUACCGAAAGGAUGCUCAUCAGUGUGAGCGACCGUACGUCGUAGUGCCAAUCCCCUCCAGUAAUCUUAUACUGCUAGUACUGGACACACUAUGUCCGCUGCCAAGCCACGUGCCCCAGCUUACAACGUGGCCAGUCGAGCACGACUACAAUGACACAUUGGCAUGCCAUAAGGCACGUAAUGCGGAGCUUCCUCGGAGGCGUCCUCUCACCUGUAUCAACAAGCAUGCAAAUGAAAGUGUGAUAGAACUCUGUGGGCGAGGAACUGUAAUCGGUUCUAAUCUGGUACUCUUGACAGCUGUUGUGCUGCUGGGAGAACUCUACUUCAUUCGCGAUUAAGAAUCUGUACAGAUAGUAAUGACUAGCACAGACCAACGGAUCGUCAGCCAAUAGUCUUCAACUCGAACUCUCUAAUAUAAGCGCAUAGCGCCACAAUUGCUAUUGCGGAAUGAUUCCACUAUCAACGCGUUCUAAAUUUCAUGGCGAAAGUUUCUUCAAGCUAUAACUUAAAAAGACGGCUGUUACAUCUGUUUCUCUGUACUGGUGCAACACACAAAAUAACGAAAAACAUAAAAGAAAUCCUUCAACUUAUACUAGUACCUACGUUUUGUACCACUUGUGAGCAGUGAACGGAAACGACGAACGACAGUAUCGAUAGAACUGAAUGCGAAGGCUUGAUUCGUCAUAAUUUUAUAUUGACAUACUCAAAAUUCAUUCAAAAUUUGCUAGUAAAAACUCCGCUUAUGAUUGAUAUACAUUCCCUACAUUCACAAACCUUGCUCAACGCAAAUAUUCAAAAAGACAUUAUAUAAAACAUGCUUUCCUAACCUCUGCUAGGAACCUAACCAGAAUUUUCAAAGCUAGUUUCAAUUCUGCAUCUGAAAGUUUCGUAAAUAUAUUAAACACAAAACACGAAUUGAAAACCAACAUAUUCAGUACAAUGACCACCACGAGAAUAUUCAAAUCAGAUUUAGGAAAAAUUUUGUUAUUUAUUGCCAAAAGAUUUUAUUAACACAUCUAUUACAAAUUAUAACACUAUAAUAGAGCAUAGAAUGUUUCCAAUAUACGAACGUUUUGUUACAGCUCCCUGUAUAAACGCAAUCCGGUGUAGUUGAACAUCAACCGCCAGAAGAGAGAAUCUAAUUAAAACAGAUUCCAGUUCUAUUGUAUGUUCCGUUGUUACACUACUGUUAUAUUUAUGGUUCGAAUAUACGUUGAGACAAAUUUCAAACUACCUAUAGGCUGUACCCAUGAUGCACAACUGUUCAAUUUUCUCUUUUUAGUACUUUAUAUUGUUGCAGUUACUGCUUUCGAAGCUGAAUAUUAGAUUUUUAACGUAGAAACAAAUUCCAGCCAGCAAAACAGUUUUGUUGAAUAAUGGCUAAUCCAACUGAUGAGUUCAUUAUUCGACAAAAUUGCUUGCUUGUUUAAUUAACAUACGCGAUGAUAUUCUUCUGUUAUAUAGCUUACAAACCUCGGGAUGAAGUUCGCAGACAAACCACGUGAAAAAAUUUAAAAAAAAACAUAAUCGUAUGUAAUUGCUGAAUGAUUUCUCUUCUAUCAUAUAAUUUUUGACAGAUCGAUACACGCGCCAGCAUAAUUAGAAAGGAAAGUUAAAUCAAGAAACUCAAUACAAAACCCGGAUAGCUUUGUUACUUAAAGCCAUUUUGCAAAUAAUAUAAAUAGUAAACAUUAUGUAACAAUAUUAGAUAAAAAAAAUCAGUCGCAAACUAAUUUAUAAAGUCUCUAAAAUUGUCGGGUAAACUGAAGCAAAACGGUGCGUUCUAAAGAGACGAAAAAAAAAAACAAAUAAUAAAACUACAACAAAUGAACUUUUCAUUGAAUUUUUGGUAAUAAAAAUCUGUGAUAAAAUGAAGAAAAGAUGA